UUCAUCACUUUAGUUUCUUCUUUCGAACUCUUUUUUAAUACGCAUCCCUCAAUCAUGAACGACACCUACUUCCAUUUUCUUUCAUUUUUUUUUAUGCAAUGUUUCAUGGCUAGCUUAGCUAUGACUGUGAGGAAUCUCACCACUGAUCACUUUGCACUUCUCGAGUUUAAACACCAUAUCCUUGAUCCUCACAAUGUCUUGGUAGACAAUUGGACGGCCUCCAGCUCUGUUUGUAACUGGCUUGGUGUUUCUUGUGGUGUCAGACAUGGAAGGGUCACAUCCUUGACUCUCCCAAACAUGAAUCUUACAGGAACAAUCCCUCCUCAUCUUGGAAAUCUCUCAUUUCUACUCUCUCUUGACUUGAGCAACAACAAUUUCUAUGGCAAUCUACCCAACGAAUUGGGGCAACUACAUCGUUUGAGGUUCAUUCAUUUAAGCUUCAACAGCCUUAAUGGGGUGAUUCCAUCAUGGCUUGGGAAAUUACAUAGGGUUGAAGAGUUGAGAAUGAGCAAUAAUAAUUUUACAGGCACAAUUCCUCAAACACUUGUUAACAUGUCCAACUUAGAGAUCUUGGGCUUGGGAACCAAUCAACUAUCCGGGCAGAUUCCAUCUCCCAUCUUCAAGAUUUCCCCAUUGAAAGAGAUUUAUGUCCAGGAUAAUAGUCUUUCUGGUAGUUUGCCAGAUGAUUUAUGUGUCCACCUUCCUAAACUUGAAGUGCUUUACUUGUUCACAAAUGCAUUAUCGGGUUAUAUUCCAUCAAGUAUAGGCAGAUGCAGCAAGCUUCAGAGCUUAGCAUUGACUACUAAUCAAUUCAAAGGGUUCAUUCCAAGAAUCAUUGGAAAUUUAACAAGUCUCAAAGAAGUAUAUUUGGGUUUAAAUAAGUUAGAAGGUGAAAUUCCUGAAGAAAUUGGUAAUCUUUUUAGUUUAGAGACGUUAGGUGCAGGAGAUAUGGGCCUUACUGGUCAGAUUCCAGCUUCCAUCUUCAACAUUUCUUCUCUGACCAUUGUUACACUAGGAAACAAUCGUUUAUCAAGUAUAUUGCCUGAUGAUAUGUGUCAUCAUCUUCCCAAGCUUAAGGCGCUUUUCUUGUAUGACAAUCAAUUAUCUGGUAAUAUUCCAUCAAGUAUAGGCAAAUGCAACAACCUGCAGUAUUGGUCAUUAGCUAGAAAUCAAUUCACCGGGCUCAUUCCAAUAAGUAUUGGGAAUUUAACCAUGCUCAAAGUGGUAGAUCUAGCUGGAAACAAAUUGGAAGGUAACUUUCCUCCUAUGACUACCGUUCGAAGGCUUGAAAGGCUUCUCUUAUGGGGAAAUAAUCUUAGCGGAAACAUUCUCAACUCCAUAUCAAAUGCUUCCCUGCUCAAGGAUCUUGAAUUACAAUACAACUUCUUCUCGGGCAUUAUUCCAAAUUCUCUUGGCAACUUAAGACACCUUGAAUUGCUCGAAAUUAGUCACAAUCAUUUGACCACAAAACCUGCUACUCACGGGUGGAGCUUUCUCUCUUCUUUGGCAAAUUGCAAGAAAUUGAUAACUCUAUCUGUUUCAGGAAAUCCAUUGCAUGGCAUUCUUCCAACUUACAUUGGGAAUCUUUCAACGUCUCUUCAAAACUUUUAUGCUGCUGGUUGUGAGCUUCAAGGUCAUAUACCAUUGGAAGUCGGUAACUUAAGCAACUUGUUUCUUUUAGAUCUUAGCGACAAUAAAAUAAGCGGAUCUAUUCCGGUGACAAUAGGAGGACUACGAAAUUUCCAAGCUUUGAAUCUCGAAAUUAAUGAAUUACAAGAGCCCAUUCCACAAAAUAUUUGCAGUUUGCAGAGACUAUUUUAUUUGGGAUUAUCUUAUAAUAAGCUUGAAGGACCUAUGCCUACAUGUUUGGGUAAUUUGACUUCUUUGAGAAUUCUUAUCUUAGGAUCCAACAAAUUGAGUUCGACAAUACCUUCAACCUUGUGGAGUCUUAAAGAUAUUUUAACAAUAGAUUUGUCGUCAAAUUACCUUAGCAGCUCACAUCCACUUGAUAUUGGAUAUUUAAGGGCACUAACGUAUUUGAAUUUGUCAAGGAAUCUAGUAAUGAGUGAUAUCUCAUCUACAAUCGGGAGCCUUGAAACUUUGGUUUCUUUAGAUUUAUCUAAUAACAAAUUUCAGGGUCAUAUUCCUGAAUCAUUCGGUGGCUUGAUUAGUUUGGAAUCCUUGGAUUUAUGCAAUAAUAAUAUCUCUGGAGUUAUUCCUAAGUCUUUGGAGAAGCUUUUGAAUCUAAAAUAUUUUAACGUUUCUUACAAUAGAUUGGAAGGAGAAAUCCCCAACGGAGGACAAUUUCGAAACUUUUCUAACACGUCAUUCAUGAACAAUUAUGCACUUUGUGGUCCACCUAGAUUGCUAGUCCCACCUUGCAAGAGUGGAGUCCACAAAAAUUCCAAGAAGACCAUAUUGCGUGUUUUAAGGUAUGGUUUACCUACAAUUGGUACUAUAGUACUAAUAAUAGUUUUUACUAUUAUGUACAGAAAAUGCCAAAGUAGGAGUAUAACUCUGCCAGUUAAGGAAAGUUUGUUAUCUUUAAAAACAUGGAGAAGAAUUUCACAUGCUGAACUUUCACAAGCAACUGAUGGAUUUGAUGAAUGCAACUUGCUUGGUUCAGGGAGUUUUGGAUCUGUUUAUAAAGGGAGGCUUUUGGAUGGGAUGAAUGUUGCAAUAAAAGUUUUCAAUUUGCAGAUAGAGGGAGCAUUUAGGAGUUUCGACACUGAAUGUGAAGCUUUGCGUAAUAUAGUCCAUCGCAAUCUUGUCAAGGUCAUUACCUGCUGCUCUAAUGUCGACUUCAAAGCCUUGGUGCUUGAUUUCAUGCUUAAUGGAAGUCUUGAGAAAUGGUUACAUUCUGAAAACCAUUUUCUUGAUAUGUUACAGAGGAUCAAUAUAAUGAUAGAUGUUGCAUCAGCUUUAGAAUACCUCCAUGCUGGACAACCAACUCCUAUAGUCCAUUGCGACCUAAAGCCAAGUAAUAUUCUACUAGAUGAAGACAUGGUUGCGCAUUUGGGAGAUUUUGGCAUUGCCAAAUUAUUGGAAGAAGAUGAUUUCAUGAGACAAACCAUGACACUUGCAACUAUUGGAUAUAUGGCACCAGAAUUUGGAUCAGCAGGAAUUGUUUCUGUAAAAUGUGACAUCUAUAGUUACGGGAUUCUUUUAAUAGAAACCUUCACAAAAAAGAAGCCAACAGAUGAAAUUUUUAGUGAAGCAUUGACUAUGAGGCAUUGGAUGCAAAGGUCACUAUCCAAAGGAAUAAUUGAUAUUGCGGAUGCCAAUUUAUUAAGAAGAGAUGAUGAAUAUUUUAUUAUUAAAGCAAAUUGCAUAUCAUCCAUCAUGGAAUUGGCUUUGAAAUGUUCGGCUGAGUUACCUGAAGAUAGAAACAAUAUUGUGGAUGUUGUGACUAUGCUCAAGAAAAUCAAACAGAAGUUUCUAAUCAGCAUUGAGCAGGUUUAAUAUGUUCAAAGUUUCAUUGCAAACGAAGACAGAGACUUGGAAGCAAGAAUCGUGCAGCAGGCUAUCCAGUGAAUUCCAAUUUAUGUUAGCAUUGGGGGAAUUUAGUUACUUUCUUAUUUGUUGUAUUGAUGGUGUCUGUUUGCUUGGUUAUGUCUUUUUACGUUGUAAUGUCUUUAUUUUUUA